AUGCCCCGCCCGACCCCAUCGCACGUCUUGCUCUCGCUCUGCUUGCUCUUCGCAGCAGCCAUUGCGCAGGCCGAAGACAACGCGAUUCCGGCGGAUGAGCCCAUCGAGCAACAGCAACUCGCCUUCUUCGAAGAGCACGUGCGGCCGCUGCUGAUCGAACAUUGUUACGAAUGCCAUUCCUCCGAGGGCGAGAAGCUACAGGGCGGGCUGGCGCUCGAUACCAAGGUCGGUUGGGCGACCGGCGGCGACAGCGGCCCCGCGAUUGUGCCCGGCCAGCCAGACGAAAGCCCCUUGCUCGAGGCCCUCCGCUACGAAUCGUACGAGAUGCCCCCCAAGGGCAAGCUGCCCGAUGGCCAGAUCGCGUUGAUCGAAAAGUGGAUCGCCAUGGGAGCCCCCGAUCCACGCACCGGCGAUUCUCCGUCUGCAAACGCUGCGAAGAGAGCAAGCGAUAUCGAUUGGGAGCAAGCCCGCGAGUUCUGGUCGUUCCAACCGCCGCAGCGACACGAGUUGCCCGAAGUCGCCAACCACGAGUGGCCACGCGACGCCAUCGAUCGAUUCAUCCUGGCGAGCUUGGAAGCGGCCUCCCUCCAGCCGGGCCCCGAGGCCGAUCGGGCAACGCUGCUCCGUCGGGCCACGUACGACUUGAUCGGGCUGCCGCCGACGCCGGCGGAGAUCGACGCGUUUUGUAACGAUUUGUCGCCUGAAGCCUUCCAACGCGUGGUCGACCGCCUGCUCAGUUCGCCCCACUUCGGCGAGCGGUGGGGGCGGCACUGGCUCGACGUGGCCCGUUUCGCCGAGUCCACAGGCGGAGGACGUUCGCUGCUGUACGAGAAGGCAUGGCGUUACCGCGACUACGUGAUCGAGGCGUUCAACGACGACAAACCGUUCGAUCGCUUCAUCGUCGAACAAAUCGCCGGCGACCUGUUGCCCUACGACGACUACCGCCGUGGCCGCGAACAACUGGUGGCGACCGGCUUUCUGGCUCUCGGCCCUUCCAACUAUGAACUGCAAGACAAAGACCAGCUUCGGGCCGAUGUGGUCGACGAACAGAUCGACACCGUAGGUCGGGCCUUCUUGGGCAUGACGCUCGGGUGUGCCCGUUGCCACGAUCACAAGUUCGACCCCGUACCCACGACCGACUACUACGCCCUGGCCGGCAUCUUUCGCAGCACGCGGACGGUGAUCGACGCCAACGUGUCGAGCUGGGUCGAAAGCCCCUUACCGCUCGCCCCCGAGCAACAGCAAGUUCACGACAAACACAACGCCGCACUCGCAAAACUCGACAAUGAAAUCGCGGCCGCCGAAUCGCUCCAUAGCGAACUGGCCUCGCAAGUCUCGAUCAUCACGAUGGACGACGGUGAAGCCGUCCUCAGUGGCACCUGGCAAACCAGUAACUCGGUGAAGCCUUUCGUCGGCGAAAGCUACAGCUAUGCCAGCGGGAAAGGCUCGCAAGCGGUCUACGAAUUCGUCGUGCCCACCGCCGGGCAAUACGACGUCCGCGUGGCCUACACGCCGCAUGAGAAUCGCAGUUCGAAUACGGCUUACACCAUCUCGCACGUCGAUGGCAUCACCACGGCCCACGUCGAUCAGACUUCACUCCCCUCGAUCGGCAACACCUACACCUCGCUGGGGCAGUUUAACUUCAGCCCCGAUCAACCGGCCACCGUGCUGGUCAGCACCGAGGGCGCCCGCGGCACGGUGGUGGCCGAUGCUGUGCAGUUGAUUCACGUCGAUGACGAAGACGAAACGCUGGCCCGACUCACCGAAGUCGAAAGCCGCAUGGCAACGCUGAAGACCGAACAGGCGAAGCUCGAGAAGGCGGCCCCGCCGGCACCGCCGCAGGCCAUCGCAGUCAAAGAGCACGAGGAGUGCGGCGACUAUCAGGUCUGCAUUCGCGGCGAUAUCCGCAACCUUGGCGACGAUGUCCCCCGUGGAUUCUUGACCGUGGCCACGCUGGGCGACUCACCAGGUAUCGCGGCCGAUUCCAGUGGACGAUUAGAGUUGGCCCACUGGAUUGCCAGUGCCGAGAACCCCCUCACCGCGCGGGUCACCGCCAAUCGCGUUUGGCAGCAUCUCUUCGGUGAAGGCCUCGUUCGCACCGUCGAUAACUUCGGCCUGAUGGGGCAGCGGCCCUCGCAUCCCGAGUUGCUCGACUACCUGGCCAUCCGUUUGGUCGACCACGGUUGGAGUAUGAAGUCGCUGAUUCGCGAGAUCAUGCUUUCCCGAACGUAUCAACUCUCGAGUCGGGCCACCGCCGAGUCGAUGAGUGCCGACCCCGACAACCGCUUGCUCGCCCAUCAGAACCGCCGCCGACUCGAUGCCGAAGCGAUCCGUGAUUCGAUGCUUUGCCUGAGCGGUGAACUCGAUUUCACUCCCGGUGGGAACACGGUGCGUGAUGGGACCAAGUCGGAGUAUGGCUACACCUUCGACGAGACCCGCCGCAGCGUGUAUUUGCCCGUGUUCCGCAAUCAACUGCACGACCUGUUCGCCGUGUUUGACUUCCCCGAUCCGAACCUGUCGCUGGGCCGACGAAACAUCAGCACGCUGGCCACCCAAUCGCUGUUCCUGCUCAACAGCGAUUUCGCUCUCGACCGCUCGAAGCUGGCCGCUCAGCGGUUGUUGGCCCGAGAAGACUUAGACGACGAGCAGCGGCUCACCUGGCUCUAUCGUUUGGCACUAGGUAGGGCACCCACGCCGGAAGAGACGCAACUGGCCCUCGGGUUCCUCAGCAAAUUCGACGAGGCGGAGCAGAGCGACGGCGAUUCGCAACCGGACGUUCGACGGCUCGAAGAAUGGGAUAAUCCCGUGAUUCCUGGUCAAUUAACCCGCCGCAAGAUGCUCUCGACCGCCGCCUGUGGGUUUGGCUCGCUCGCGCUGGCAGGCCUUUGCAAAGAAGCCCAAGCGGCCGAAGCGAAUUCUCCCUCGUUCGCCGGCCCGUUGUCCGUCAAGCCAACGCACUUCGCCCCCCUCGCGAAACGGGUGAUCUUCAUCUUCAUGCAGGGUGGGCCCAGCGCGGUCGAUACGUUCGACUACAAGCCGGCCCUCGAAAAGCAUCACGGUGAGAAGCUCGAAUUCCGCGACGCCCGCAAGAUGGCCAAGACCGGCAUGACCGGGGCCGAAACCGUGAUGAAGUCGCUGUGGAAGUUCAAGCAAUACGGCGACAGCGGGCACUAUGUCUCCGAGUUGUUCCCCGAGAUCGCCAAGCAGGUCGACCGCCUGUGCUUCCUGCACAGUAUGCAUACCGACGGUGUGGCCCACGGACCCAGCACGUUGUUUCUGCACACGGGGGCGAUGAACCUCAUCCGCCCCUCGAUGGGCUCUUGGGUCACCUACGGGCUGGGAACCGAAAACCAGAACCUGCCCGGGUUCAUCACCAUCAACCCCUCGGCCGGCAAUGGCGGACCGCGGAACUACUCCAACGCCUUCCUGCCGACCGACUAUCAAGGCACCGCCAUCGGCCGCGCGGGUCAACCCUCGGGCGAGGUGAACAUCCAGCACAUCACCAACUCCCGGCUCCCCUCCGCCGUACAGCAGAAGCAGUUCACGCUGCUACAAGAAAUGAACCGCCGCCAAAUCGAAUCGGCCACCGACCAGGACGAACUCUCGGCCGUGAUGAACUCCUUCGAACUGGCCUAUCGCAUGCAACGCCACGCCCCCGAACUGAUGGACAUCUCGGGCGAGACGGCCGCCACCGAGGCGAUGUACGGCAUCGAUGAGAAAGAAACCGCCGACUUCGGCCGGCAAUGUCUACUGGCCCGUCGUAUGGCCGAGGCCGGCGUGCGUUACAUCCAGAUCAACUACGGCGACAACACGUCGAACCCCCGCUGGGAUCAGCACUCGAAGAUUCACGAACACUCCAUCCAUGCCAAAGCCACCGACAAGCCGGUCGCCGGGCUAAUCGCCGACAUGCACGCGCGAGGGCUGCUCGAAGACACGCUCGUUUGGUGGGGCGGUGAAUUCGGCCGCAACCCCUUCUCGCAAGGCAACGACGGUCGCGACCACAACCCUAAGGGCUUUACGCACUUCCUCUGCGGCGGCGGGGUGAAGUCAGGUUUCUCGUACGGAGCCACCGACGAGUUUGGCCACGAGGCCGCCGAGAAUCGCAUCCACAUGCACGACUUGCACGCCACCGUGCUGCACCUGUUGGGGCUCGAUCACGAGCGGCUCACCUACCGCCACGCCGGCCGCGACUUCCGCCUGACCGACGUCCACGGCAACGUGGUGCAUGACAAGCCCGCGAAAGAAAAAGAAAAGCAGCCGACCCAUGCCGACGUUUCGUACGGCCCCUACAAAAUGGACGUGCUCGAUUUCUGGCAAGCCGAAGGUGAAGGGCCGCGACCGCUGCUGGUUUACAUUCACGGCGGGGGUUGGACCGGUGGCGACAAGAAACGGGCCUACAACAGCUUCAAGCCCUACCUCGAUAAAGGCAUUUCUUACGCGGCGGUGAACUACCGCCUCAGCGGCGAAGCCCCCUUGCCGGCCCCCGUUCACGACGCGGCCCGAGCCAUUCAGUUCCUGCGUUCGAAGGCCGACGAGUGGAACAUCGACAAGAACCGCAUCGCCCUCACCGGCGGCAGCGCCGGGGCAUGCACCUCGAUGUGGAUCCUCCUGCACGACGACCUGGCCGACCCCGACUCGGAAGAUCCCGUUGAGCGCGAAUCAACCCGGGUGAGCGGCGCGGCCGUCGCUGCUGGGCAAACCUCAAUCGAUCCCAAGGUGAUCGAAGAAUGGCUCGGACCCAAAGUGCUCGAGCACCGCAUGAUCAACUUGGCCGUGGGCGAACCGACCAUGGCGGGGGCGCUUGAGAAUUACGAUCAGCACCGCGACCUGUACGUGGAGUUCUCGCCGUACAACCACCUCGAUGGCGACGAUCCCCCGCUGCUGAUGACCUACGGAAACGACAUGACGCUGCCCUCGAAGAACGCCGGCCACGGCAUCCAUCACCCGGUGUACGGCGUGAAGAUGAAAGAGAAAGCCGACGCCGCGGGGCACGAAUGUCAUCUGUUGAUCAAGGGCGUGUCCGAGUCAGACAAGUACGAGUCGCCCGACGACUUCCUGAUGUCGAUUCUGCUGGCACCCUAG